AUGAUUGAAACCGACCGACUGAAACUCCUGAAGAAUGAACCUGAAUGGAUCACCGUGCCGAGCGCAAGUGGCGCUGGGCAGAAUAUCGCACGUUGCCCAAGAUGCAAGAUUGCUGUAUGGAGUGUUUACCUCGAUAACACAGCCAAUGUAAAGGAGGGCAUCCGCAUUGUUCGUGUGGGGACCUUGGACAGCCCAGACCUACUCCCGCCAAACGCUCACAUCUGGGCUUCUGAGAAGCAACCAUGGCUCCUUCUCUCGGAUAAAGCCCCCGUAUUCGAUCGCGGCAGCUAUACCAAGGGGGAAGUGUGGUCCAAGGGGAGUCUUGAAAGGUAUCAGGCCGUAGAAGCACGCGACGGCACUACCCAAUAG